AAUGGCAUAAACAACCCCGAGCGCCGGGACCGCUGAGGAGGAGGAGGCGCCGCCGCCCCGGGCCGCGCGGCCCCUUUAAGAGGCGCGGAGUCGCCCCCUCCUCCUCCUCCUGCCCCUUCCGGAGCCGGACCCGGGGUGACGGCGGUCCCCGCGCCCCUUCCCCCUGCCCGCCCCCUUCCCCAUGGUGCCGACCCCGGCGGCGGGGCGGUUGCCAUGAACAGCAGCGGCCUGCCCUGCUCGUCGCCGUCGCCGGGGGCGGGGGUCGGCGUGGCGGGUCCGGCGGCCGGCGGGGCGGGGGCCGGCGGCGGCGGCGGGGCCGUGAAGCUGAAGUUCUGCCGCUACUACGCCAAGGACAAGACCUGCUUCUACGGCGAGGAGUGCCAGUUCCUGCAUGAGGAGCCGGGCGCCGCCCCCGCCGGCCCGGGGCCCGCCGCACCCCCCCUCGGCGGGCUCCCGCUCGGCAUCCCCCCACCCGCCGCCGCCGCCGGGCCGGGCUACUCGGCUCACGGGGCCAGCUCGGGCCCGGCGGCAGCGGUGGUGGGGCCUAAGAAAGCCGAGCUGGGGGCGGGAGGCGGCGGCGGCGGCGGCGGCGGGGGGCUGGAUGGCCCGCGGCUGGCGAUUCCCGGAAUGGAUGGUGGUGGGUUAGCUGAUGCUAAUCUGACGGAUUCAUACUUUAGCACCAGCUUCAUUGGCGUUAAUGGAUUUGGAAGUCCUGCUGAAACCAAGUAUCCCAUGAUGCAGAGGAUGACAAAUAGCAGCAGCUCCCCUAGCCUUCUCAAUGACAGUGCCAAGCAGUAUGCAGGCCAUGAUCCACUAACUUCACCAAAUUCAUCCUUGUUUAAUGACUUUGCUGCCCUCAGCGUAUCUCAAAGGAGGAAGCUGGCAAAACCAGCAUUUCCUUCGUUUAUCACUGACUUGGAGGACAGAUAUAAUACAGUCGUGCCCAGGAAGUAUCGACUGGGAAUGCUGGAUGAGAGGAUAGUUCCGGUGGGAUCAAAAGCAAGAAAAUCAAAGAACCCUAUUGGCUGUCUGGCUGACAGGUGUAAAACAGGAGUACCCAUCAAUAUGGUUUGGUGGAACAGAGUCACAGAAAACAAUUUACAGACACCAAAUCCUUCUGCAAGUGAGUUUAUUCCUAAAGGAGGAUCAACCUCCAGGCUGAGUAAUGUAUCCCAGUCAAGUAUGUCUGCCUUCUCUCAAGCCUUGUUCUCUCACCCCUCCAUGGGAAGUCCUGCUACUGCUGGGUUAGCACCAGGAAUGUCACUGUCAGCAGGAUCUUCUCCUCUUCAUUCUCCCAAAAUAACUCCUCAUACAUCUCCUGCUCCUCGAAGAAGAAGUCAUACUCCUAACCCAGCAAACUAUAUGGUGCCUACUAGUGCCUCUGCGUCUGUCGCUAACGCUGUCUCUCAGCCUCCAUCUACUGGCCAGGUGAUCCAGAAGGAAACAGUGGGUGGAACCACAUACUUCUACACUGAUACAACUCCAGCACCUCUCACAGGAAUGGUUUUUCCAAACUACCACAUCUACCAUCCAGCUGCACCUCAUGUUGCUUACAUGCAGCCAAAAGCAAAUGCACCUUCCUUCUUCAUGGCAGAUGAGCUCAGACAGGAACUCAUCAACAGACACUUAAUAACUAUGGCCCAGAUUGAUCAGGCUGAUAUUCCUGCAGUUCCUGCGGAAGUGGACAGCUACCACAGUCUCUUUCCUUUGGAACCACUGCCACCGCCCAAUCGGAUACAGAAAACGAGCAACUUUGGGUACAUUACAUCGUGCUAUAAAGCCGUAAAUAGUAAAGAUGACCUGCCCUAUUGCCUUCGGAGGAUACAUGGUUUCCGUCUUGUUAACACAAAGUGCAUGGUAUUGGUUGACAUGUGGAAAAAGAUUCAGCACUCAAAUAUCGUAACUUUGCGUGAAGUGUUUACCACUAAAGCUUUUGGAGAACAUUCUCUAGUGUUUGCAUAUGAUUUUCAUGCUGGAGGAGAAACUAUGAUGAGCAGACACUUCAAUGACCCUAGUGCUGAUUCUUAUUUCACAAAACGGAAAUGGGGUCAGCAUGAUGGGCCUCUGCCGCGGCAGCAUGCGGGGUUGCUUCCAGAGUCUUUGAUAUGGGCAUAUAUUGUGCAGCUCAGCUCUGCCUUACGGACCAUUCACACAGCAGGACUGGCGUGCAGAGUUAUGGAUCCAACCAAGAUUCUGGUAACAGGAAAAACAAGGUUACGAGUUAAUUGUGUUGGAAUCUUUGACGUUUUGACAUUUGACAACAGUCAAAAUAAUCCACUGGCAUUAAUGGCUCAGUUUCAGCAAGCAGAUCUGAUCUCCCUGGGGAAAGUUGUGUUGGCUUUGGCUUGCAAUUCUUUAUCAGGAAUUCAGAGAGAGAAUUUGCAGAAAGCAAUGGAACUGGUGACAAUCAACUAUUCCUCUGACCUGAAGAAUCUGAUUUUGUAUUUGCUGACUGACCAAAACAGACUUCGCAGUGUAAACGAUAUCAUGCCUAUGAUUGGUGCACGAUUCUAUACUCAGUUGGAUGCUGCUCAGAUGCGAAAUGAUGUUAUAGAAGAAGAUCUAGCAAAGGAGGUGCAAAAUGGAAGGUUGUUUAGGCUUCUAGCAAAGUUGGGAACAAUCAAUGAGAGGCCAGAGUUUCAGAAGGACCCAACGUGGUCAGAAACUGGAGACAGGUAUUUACUAAAGCUCUUUCGAGAUCACCUUUUCCAUCAGGUGACAGAAGCGGGUACUCCUUGGAUUGACCUCAGUCACAUUAUCUCAUGUCUUAACAAGUUAGAUGCUGGUGUGCCAGAAAAAAUAAGCCUCAUUUCCAGAGAUGAGAAGAGUGUACUUGUGGUAACUUACAGCGAUUUAAAACGCUGCUUUGAAAAUACUUUUCAAGAACUGAUUGCAGCCGCAAAUGGUCAGUUGUAGUAUUUGCUGAAAGCAUGCAGGACAUUGCUGAGGAACUUAACCUAUAGCAAAUUGCACUACAGCUGAAUUGUUGUUGUCAUCUCAUUUCACAUUUGGGAAACAAACAGGAGAUGAGCAAAGCUGCUUGCACUUCAGUCAGGUACACUGUUACUUGAAGGGAAGAAUGUUUCACUUAUCCUAGAGCUAAGGCUGCCAUUGGAGGCUUUAUCUGUGAAGAAUUUAUUUUAGAUUAAGGAACACAUCAGGUGCAUGAUGUUCCUACUUUUAUUUUUUUCCACUUGUAUAUGCACUAAUUUUAAUUUUUUUAAGACUUUUCUGAUCUCUGAAGUUUUGCCACAUUGUAUACUUAAGGGAAACUCUUUGCAAGGACAUUUCUGGGAUACAUUUUUGUCACUGAGGAUAUAGCAAAAUUUAUUCAUUUUUGAUAUUAUUUGCACCCAGAAUAGCAUAAAGGACCAGGUAAAUAAUUUAAUAGAAAUUGUGUUCUAUUAAUGACCUUUUAGUUCGUAACCUCUGUAAAAGUGUGUUGUAUGCAAGCUCUGUAUGCCACCCACUGUUAGCUCAAAGAAAUGUGAGAAGAAACAACUUUUUAAAACCAGUCAAGUGAAGUAUUGGUGAAUUGACUAAAAAGGAAAGAAAGUCCCCUGUCAUUCGAUUUAAACCUUGUCUAAGCGAAGUGACGAAAACAGCAUAAUGGGAAACAUCUUUAAUUUAAGGAGCAUAUCAAACUUGCUCUAAACACAACCAGCGCCUUUUAAAAACUGUUUGUACAUUUUCCUGGUAGUCAGAAGCAUUUACAUUUAUGCAAUUUUUUUAAUAGAUUUUUUUUUUAAAGAAAUUGUUUAAAUGCCUGAAGUUUCAGGAGUGUAUUACUUUAGGUUAUUUACAGUAUAAUUUUUGUAUAAAGUUCUGUUCUUUGAACCACAGCUUUAUUAUGGUACGCUACACUGGAUACAGAUACAAAGACACUGUUAAAAGAAGAUUAACUAAACACAGCAGUUGUCUGGCAUCAAGAGCUUUUCAAGUUUUACGGCCUGAAUCUGGAGGGAUAAUGAUCUGCUGUGCCUUUGCAGUCACUGCUUAGCCCAAAGUAAUAUUACUUUUGCUAAUACUCAACACAUGAAUAUUCCUGAAGUAAUUCAGUCUCAAAAGUCUGGAAUUUUGCUCCUCAAUUACCUUUCUAAUUUUUGGACAUGCAGUUGUCUCCAAACUUGGGUAUUCAUGGGAUUUCUAGUUAAACACCUACACUUUGAUACUGAAGACUGCCAAACAUGUAGGAAUUUCCUUUCUUAAAGCAGUAGUGAAGACUGUAUCUAUCCUUUCCCAGCACUGAAUGUUUUAAUAGCACUGGGUGCUCACCAUGAAGAAAAUGUGGAAACUCAAAAGGUCAGGACAGACUCUAAGCACUUGCAACUGAUGUUACUGACAUCAAUUUUAAUGAUUCUCAAUAUUUGUAGUUUUCAGAGAAGUUUUUAAUAUUUCUCUGUCCACUUUUAUAAGCUUUAAAAUGAUUCUCCGCCUUGAGACUUGCAUCAAGAAAAAAGCAACUCUCUUCACAUCGAAAGCUUUGAAGACUAGGGACAUGCUUUACACAUUUUAGAAAAUGUGGUUGAAUCCACAUUAAGUAGCAUCAGUUGUUGAGUUUAAAAAUCAAUUAUUGUUGCAAUUUUCAAAGAAACAUAAUGUUUAAUAUUCAAACGAUAACAGUUGCCAGAAUGUUCUUUUUAAUAUAAAAGGAACAGGAACUUUGAAAAGUGAACAUGCAGAACAGUCUUUUAUCAUUAGCUCAUGUAUUUGAGGAAGAGCAGCUGUCUUUUCUAUGUUUUUUGACAAAUCAUAUUGUAAUUCUUUUGUACAAAAAAAGAAGUACUUGUAUUCUAGAAGAAAUAUGGAAUGCUUAAUUUAUAAGCGGGCUGAGGUUUUUUCCAGUAUUGUUUUCUUUGAAAAUGAAAGGGGAUCAUCUGUUCAGUUGUGGGGUUUGGGAACCUUUGAAAAUUUAAUUUGUGGACCAAUAUUUUGUGGAAGUGUAAGGCAGGGGUAAAAUAGGGCUUGAAUUCUCAUCCUUUUUAGACCAGCACACCCUCUGCAAGACAUGUCUAAAUUGCAAACCUGUGUGUAUUUGCAUAAUGUCAGUUUGCUUCAGCCCCUAGUAACCUCAGGACUUGGUUUAAAAAUAAAAAGGUAGACAGCUAAUAAGUUUUCAUACAUAAUGUCAGCCAGAAAAUAUUUGGUGUCAGGUAAUACAUAAAAUUAAAAAGAAGUUGAGCUUUGUUUUCUAUUUAUUUUAUUUGGUCGUAUUUGGGAAUAAUUUGAACAGUCUGAAGUUCAGCUUGGGUGUUUUUUUUGGGGAGAGCCCUUCUUCCCCAUUUUAAUUCCAUUUAGAAGGUUGUCCUAAAGUUGUAGUUUGAUCCAUUCAUAGGAAGAACUGUGUAUCUGUAUUUAAAAGAAGAGUCACCAGGAUGUGCCCUCCCAGAUGGGAAAUUUAUUUCUGACCUUCCUAUUUUUUACAGCUAAAAGCACAGAAGGGACAACCUUUGAAAUCAUCUGAUGUUGGUCAUUUUAAUUUUUGUACCUGUUUUAAAUUUUGUUGCUGUAUUUACUAUAUUGUAAAUAUUUUGUUGAGGGUACCUAUGUAUUUUUGAUUUGCCCUUGUUUCAGUAAUUCAGGUGUCAACUGCUUCCCCUAAAAAGCACCAGUAUGUUAAGUUCUAAUGUCAUGAUCCCAAUAUGUGUUACUCAUCUUUAAUCCUGUUUUCAUUGUUCAUGUGUACAGCAGUAUUUUUAAUAAAGAAUACCAGAAAUAA